GCAAGGUGCCAAGAGCCAUGGAGUUGCGGCUGGGGGGCUACAUGGCAGUGGUGGCUGCGGUCCUACUCCUUGUGCUGCCGGGCGCCCGGGGCCAGCACAGCACUCCCGGUCCUCCGUGUGACUGUGCCUACAAUGUCCAGAAGAGGAACGGUCUGUUCUGUUGCAAGGGCUGUCCAGCAGGGCACUACCUGAAGGCCCCCUGCCCCAAGCCUUGUGGAACGGCCACCUGCCUUCCGUGCCCACGGGGCACCUUCCUGGCCAGGGAGAACCACCAUGAGACCCGCUGUGCCCGCUGCCAGGCCUGUGAUGAGGAGGUCUCCCAGGUGGCCGUGACAAACUGCUCAACGGUGGCGGACACCCACUGUGGCUGUGAGCCAGGCCGGUUCCCGGAGUGCUUGGUCAAGCCCUGCAAGGUCGGCUCGCCCUUCCGCUGCCACCCAUGCUCAGACUGCAGGGCCCUGCACCGCCAUACACGGGUGCCCUGUUCUGCCAGAGAUGCGGACUGUGGGACCUGCCUGCCUGGCUUCUAUGAAUAUGGCAACAGCUGCACGCCCUGCCCCACGAGCACCCUCGGGAGCUGUCCUGAGCCCUGCGUGACUGUUUGUGGCUGGAGGCAGAUGUUCUGGGUCCAGGUGCUCCUGGCUGGCCUGGUGGUCCCACUGCUGCUUGGUGCUAUGCUGACCUACACCCACCACCGCUGCCAGCCCUGCAAGCCCAGUGUUGCUAAUGAAGCUGGGAUGGAGGCCCUGACUCCCCUACAGGCCACCCACCUCUCACCCAGGGACAGCACCCACGCCCUCCUAGUGCCACUCGGCAGUAGUGAGAAGGUCCACACCGUCCAGCUGGUUGGCAACGGCUGGAACCCUGGCUCCCCCCAGACCCAGGAGGCGCCCUGCCCGCAGGUGGCAUGGUCCUGGGACCCGCUGCACGGCGGAGCUCCUGACCCGCCGCCACCGCCGCCGUCGCCGCCCACGCCCUCGCCAGCGCCCCCUGCAGGCUCGGCGGGCGCCACGCUCCAGCCCGGCCCGCAGCUCUACGACGUGAUGGACGCGGUGCCUGCGCGGCGCUGGAAGGAGUUCGUGCGCACCCUGGGGCUGCGCGAGGCGGAGAUCGAGGCCGUGGAGGUGGAGGUCGGCCGCUUCCGCGACCAGCAGUACGAGAUGCUCAAGCGCUGGCGCCAGCAGCAGCCCGCGGGCUUGGGCGCCGUCUAUGCGGCGCUGGAGCGCAUGGGGCUGGACGGCUGCGCCGAGGACCUGCGCAGCCGCCUGCAGCGCGGCCCGUGACCCAGGGCGUGCCCCCCAACCCCGCCGCCCCUGGCAGAGCCCUAAGUAUGGUUACUUAUGCGUGUAGACAUCUUAUGUCACUUAUGGAGCCCGGCCCCGCCCUGCGCCGGCCGCCCUCCCCGCCGCGCGCCCGGCUCCUGCCCGCGGCCGAGACGCACGGACCGGAGCGGCCGGCGGCGGCUCGCACUGUCCGCGCCCGAGCGCGGGAGGCCCCGCUAUUAAAUCU